AUGACGUGCUGUGACUUGAAGACCGUCCUUGAAACGAGCGAGGAGACGAGGCAGAAUAGAAGUACCGGCAGCACGGCGUGUCUUGCAGUGAACGUGCUGGACGGCGAGCAGCUGAGCCUGUCGCGCAUCUCGAGGACCGAGAUGGGGGCCUACCUCUGCAUCGCCACCAACGGCGUGCCGCCCUCUGUCAGCAAGAGGAUCACGGUCGACGUCGAGUUCCCGCCCAUGAUCUGGGUGCCGAACCAGCUGGUGGGCGCGCCGGCCGGCACCAACGUGACGCUGGACUGCCACACGGAGGCGCACCCGCGCGCCAUCACCUACUGGCUGCGCGCCGGCGCCAUGGUGCUGCCCGCGGCCGGCAAGCUGCGCCUCGAGGCCGCCGAGAACUCGUACCGCGGCCACAUGCGCCUCACGGUCGCCCAGCUCGCCGCGCCGCACGACUUCGGCAGCUACCGCUGCAUCGCCAAGAACUCGCUCGGCGAGACGGAGGGCUCCAUCCGCCUCUACGGUGGCGCCCGCUGGCCGGAGGCGAGGCUGCUUCUGGUGCUGCUGCUGGUGCUGGUGCUGGCCGCGGGCCGCCUCGCCUGA